AGGAAGUGCUCUGACGUCAGCGCUGCGUAGUCUGUCCAGUUCAGCUGCAUCGGGCUGAAUGGCUGCGAUCAGAUGAAUCCGACGUUGAAUCUGAUGUUAUGAUGGACAGGCAGUCAUAACACUCACCGCAGCUCCAGUUAUAUCAUCACACAGACGCGCGCGAUGGCGGAGGGCGUCAGCAGUGCGACUCCCACAGAGGAGAUGAACGGCUCGGGGAACCUGAUGGAUUUUCUGGACGAGCCGUUUCCAGACGUCGGAACUUAUGAGGAUUUUCACACUAUUGACUGGCUGAGAGAGAAAUCCAGAGACACAGACAGACACAGAAAGAUCACCAGUAAGAGUAAAGAAUCCAUCUGGGAGUUGGUCAAGAGUCUGCUGGACGCCUGGUCGGGAUGGCUGGUCAUGCUCCUGAUUGGUCUGCUGUCAGGCACACUGGCUGGAGUGAUUGAUCUGGCUGUUGAUUGGAUGACGGAUCUGAAGGAGGGGGUGUGUCUAUCAGUGUUCUGGUACAGUCACGAGCAGUGCUGUUGGACCUCUAACGAGACCACCUUCGCUGACAGAGACAAGUGUCCUCAGUGGCAGAAAUGGGCUGAACUGAUGACGGGAUACACGGAGGGCGCUGGGGUCUACAUGCUGAACUACUUUCUGUACGUGGUGUGGGCUCUCUUCUUCUCUUUUCUGGCCGUGUCUCUCGUGCGAGUGUUCGCCCCCUACGCCUGCGGCUCGGGAAUUCCAGAGAUCAAGACGAUCUUGAGCGGUUUCAUCAUUCGGGGGUAUCUGGGGAAGUGGACUCUGCUCAUAAAGACGGUGACGCUGGUGUUGGCCGUGUCGUCUGGUCUCAGUCUGGGGAAGGAAGGGCCGCUGGUUCACGUGGCGUGUUGUUGUGGUAAUCUCUUCUGCAGUCUGUUCUCCAAAUACAGCAAGAACGAAGGCAAACGCAGAGAGGUUCUGUCUGCAGCUGCGGCUGCUGGUGUGUCUGUAGCGUUUGGAGCUCCGAUCGGAGGAGUUCUCUUCAGUCUGGAGGAGGUCAGUUAUUAUUUCCCUCUGAAGACUCUGUGGCGUUCUUUCUUUGCGGCGCUGGUGGCCGCCUUCACUCUCCGCUCCAUCAACCCGUUCGGCAACAAUCGGUUGGUUCUGUUUUACGUGGAGUAUCACACGCCGUGGUACAUGGCCGAGCUGGUGCCCUUCAUCCUGCUGGGCGUGUUCGGGGGCCUCUGGGGGACGCUCUUCAUCCGCUGCAACAUCGCCUGGUGCCGGAGACGCAAGACCACGCUGCUGGGCAAAUAUCCCGUGCUGGAGGUGAUCGUGGUGACGGGCGUCACGGCCAUCCUGGCCUUCCCCAACCCGUACACGCGCCGCAGCACCAGCGAGCUGAUCUCAGAGCUGUUCAACGACUGCGGUGCGCUGGAGUCCUCGCAGCUCUGCGAUUACGUCAACAACCCCAACAUGACCCGACCGGUGGACGACAUUCCGGAUCGCCCCGCCGGGCCGGGUGUGUACAGCGCCCUCUGGCAGCUCACGCUGGCACUCAUCUUCAAGAUCGUCAUUACCAUCUUUACUUUUGGGAUGAAGAUCCCGUCGGGUCUCUUCAUUCCCAGCAUGGCCGUGGGCGCCAUCGCCGGGCGCAUCGUGGGCAUCGCGGUGGAGCAGAUGGCGUACCACCAUCACGACUGGAUCAUUUUUAAGAGCUGGUGCCGCCCGGGCGCUGACUGCGUCACUCCCGGCCUGUACGCCAUGGUCGGUGCGGCCGCGUGUUUGGGUGGCGUGACCCGCAUGACGGUCUCUCUGGUGGUCAUCAUGUUCGAGUUGACCGGCGGCUUAGAAUACAUCGUUCCGCUCAUGGCCGCCGCCGUCACCAGCAAAUGGGUGGCCGACGCCUUCGGUAAGGAGGGCAUUUACGAAGCCCACAUCCAGCUCAACGGUUACCCGUAUCUGGACCAGGACGAGUUCACCCACCGAACGCUGGCGACGGACGUGAUGCGCCCGCGCAGGAACGAGCCUCCGCUGUCCGUCCUCACGCAGGACAGCACCACGGUGGAGGACGUGGAGACGCUCAUCAAAGAGACGGAUUACAACGGCUUUCCUGUGGUGGUCUCGCGGGAGUCUGAGAGGCUUAUCGGCUUCGUGCAGAGACGAGAUCUUAUACUGGCCAUCAAAAACGCCCGUCAGAAGCAGGACGGUGUGGUGAGUAAUUCGGUGGUGUAUUUCACCGAAGACGCUCCUCAGCUUCCACCGUCAAACCCUCAACCUCUGAAACUCAGACGCAUUCUGAAUCUCAGUCCCUUCACCGUCACCGAUCACACGCCGAUGGAGACCGUGGUGGACAUCUUCCGCAAACUGGGGCUUCGGCAGUGCCUGGUGACCCGCAGCGGACGUUUGCUUGGAAUCAUCACAAAGAAAGACGUUCUGCGACACAUGGCUCAAAUGAUGAACCAGGAUCCUGAAUCCAUCAUGUUCAACUAACAUUCACUGCAGUACUGUACUGAUGCCACACGCACAUCAACGUGUUUUUCACCCGCUCUCUUUGUGUUUUAUACUGCUGCUGUUGCCAUAUUUAUUUUAUGUGUGUAUAUAUAUAUAACUCAUGGCUUUGAUUAUUGGUGCAAUGAAAAUGAGAGGCGUUUCAACAUGUUUUACUGUGUUACAGCUGUAUGACUCUAUCAAAAGUAAUCACUACUGUACAUCAUUUUUAAUGUGUUUAAAUUAUUAUUGACUCCGUGUAGCUCAGUCUAAUAGAUUCUUUUGGUUUAUUUAAAGAGCUAAUGUUUUAUCUGUCAUAAUGUCAGAAGACAGUGAACAACUCAUUUUUAACACUAGUUUUGUGAAUAUUGUCUGUAUUUUGUUAUUAUUCAUUGAAGGUAAAUAUUACUUUGAUCAGUGUGAGGUCGGUGAUAU